AUUGGAGCAUUGGUGGUUAACCUAAGGGAAGAACAGUGUAGGCUUCUUCAAAAGACCUUCCCCUACGCAACGUUAAAGAAGGAAGAUCUUUCCGUUGCAGUUCCCAUCACUGUCUCUCGCUGCUGCUGAAGCUGCUGCUGGUAUUUAGGGCGAGGGUCACCUGAGGAUAGAGAUGGCGCCGCCGGAAGCGGGAGGGGAUGGAGGUGGGGACGGAGGAGGGCAGCGAAGGGGCAAUCAACCACAACAAGGAGGUUUUGGACAGAGCAUCACUGGCUUAAUACGAAUUGCCGUCUUUUGGUACUUUGCCUCCAAAUUCUUCACCCCUAAAAAGCCUGCCGAUCCUUCUCCCCAGAUCUCUAAUAUCUUUCACAAAGGCGAACCCAUGGAUAUGUGGUUUUAUCUUUCUAAACAGGAAAAGUUCAAUGAUUUUGGUAGUGAAGGUGCACUCAUUUGGCAUGAAACAAAUAUCCCUUAUGCUGUUUGGGGACCAGACAGUACUAGGUCUCUUUCUUUGAAGUAUUAUCCAUCUGAGGCUUUGAAGCACAAUGGAAGUCUUUAUGCUCAUGUUUUCUUUGCACGCUCUGGUUACCCUGCUGACCCCAGUGAUCCUGAGUACGAACCACUGGCUGCCUUUGGAAGGAUGCAUCCUGUUGCAACAUAUUUUCCCAAGUCAAAAGCAGAUAAGAAGAGGAGUCUAUUGGGGAGUUCCAAGAGUGCUGAUGAGGGUGAAGUGGAGUCUGAGGUGGUUGAUGACAUUCAUGCUGAAUCUAAAGAUGAGGAUCCUGUGGAAUGGGUUUCAUAUUGGAAACCAAAUAUUACAAUUAAUUUGGUUGAUGAUUUUACGCGCUAUUCCCAGAAUGCUGUUCCACCAAAUAUUGCUCCUUACAUAAAUGUUGAACCCAGUACCGGGAACUAUUAUCCAACCAUAUUCUUCAAUGAAUUUUGGUUACUCAGGGAUAAAUUGAUACCAAUCAAUGAGACCGUGUCUGAACUCCCUCUAAAUUUAGAGGUGGGGCCAAUUAGUUUGACCAAGUGGCAACUAUUUCUGCAGAUUGAUCAAUCAUUUCAGAUUCACCGAAGUUAUGGAAGCAUGCUUGAAGGCGAGGCUGAUGAACUUAAGAGGGUAUUCUUGGAAGGAAAUCCUUACCUCCUGGCGAUUACAAUGGUUGUUUCGUUACUUCAUUCUGUGUUCGACUUCUUAGCAUUUAAAAAUGAUAUUCAAUUUUGGAACAAAAAUAAGUCAAUGGAAGGACUCUCUGCAAAGUCAGUUGUUGUGAGCUUUAUUUGUCAGCUGAUUGUCUUCCUUUACCUGCUCGAUAAUGAUACUUCGUGGAUGAUACUUGCAAGUUCUGGAAUUGGUUGCUGUAUUGAGUUCUGGAAAAUAGGGAAAGCAAUGCACAUAGAGAUUGAUAGAUCUGGUAAAAUACCUCUGUUGAGAUUUCGAGACCGCGAAUCUUAUGCAGGGAACAAGACAAAGGAAUAUGAUGAUCUUGCGAUGAAGUAUUUGUCCUAUGUGCUUUUCUUCCUUGUUGCAUGCUCUUCUAUCUACUCUCUCACGUAUGAACGCCACAAGAGCUGGUACUCUUGGAUACUGUCUUCACUGACGAGCUGUGUUUACAUGUUUGGUUUUAUCAUGAUGUGCCCUCAAUUGUUCAUAAACUAUAAGCUGAAGUCUGUUGCUCACUUACCCUGGAGGCAAAUGACGUACAAGUUCCUUAAUACCAUCAUUGAUGAUCUCUUCGCGUUUGUUAUAAAAAUGCCAACACUACAUAGACUUUCCGUCUUCCGCGAUGAUGUUAUAUUUCUUAUCUAUCUAUACCAGAGGUGGGUUUAUCCAGUUGAUCGGAGACGGGUAAAUGAAUUUGGUUUUGGGGGCGAGGAUGAAGACGAGGCUCCUGCAGGUGGGGAAGUGACAGCCACAAAGGAAGAGGAGAAGAAAACCAACUGACCCUUCCCACUGUUGAAAUCAUAUUUGAGCAUGUAACUGUAAACUUAAUAAAAACUAUUUUGCACGCUUCUUCCUUAGUGUUUUAGCUUGGAAAUUUUUUACAGUAGAAUGUUAAUUCUAUCAAGGGUAAAUCGAUUUUGGAAGUUGCUUUUUUAUCGAUGGAUAUUACAGCUGCGACAGGUAUGGAAAGAAAUUUAGUUCCUUUUCUUACUCAUGUCAA